GCACACUCACAAACCUGCUGCACUGAGCUCAGCUAAGGAGUCGACCAAGGGAUUUUUACUGAAGGUAGUUUGAUACAGACGCUGAUACAGACACCUUUGACAGUAUGUAUCGUGGUCUGGUGUUGUGGGGGAUAUUUCUCUGGGGCCAGGUGCUCAGGUCUGAGAGUCAGGAUUGUGUGAACAGGCAAGAACUGCAGAGCACUCUUCGUCAAGUCAACAAGCUGCUCUUAGCUCACGAGACUUCGUUCUUACAGAACGUACGCAGCCUCCGCAAGAAACUGAGCCUGCUACAGAGCAGCAUGGCCAAACCAAGCAACAACACCACUACAGGCAAGAAUAGAGCAUCCUGCCCGCCCCCAGAGCUGCUAGCUAAUGGCAAGAUGCUUGGGAGAGUGUUUCGAGUUGGCCAUGAGGUUCACUUCCUUUGCAAUGCUGGUUUUGAGCUGACAGGGGCAGAGACCAGAGUGUGUCAGGAUUCCCUCACCUGGAGUGGAGAGCAUGCAGCCUGCAAGGCUACAGAUGCUGGCAUAAACAAUGAUGGUACUUCCUCUAUGCCCACAUCUCCUUCAUCCUCACCCUUAAUAUCGACCUAUGUGCGACCCUCCCGCUGUAUUGAGUUCCAGGGUUCGAAACACUGCACCUGUGAGCAGGGUUACAGCAUUUACAGCCAGGACAGAGGGCUGUGCACAGACAUUGAUGAAUGUGCGCUCUCCCGUCUGACUCAGCCUGGUCGUCUUUGUCUGCACACCUGUGUGAACACGGCUGGAAGCUUCCGCUGUGAAUGUCCCAGAGGGUACGCUCUCAGCAGAGACAGCAGAAACUGCCAAGACAUUGACGAGUGUGAAGGGGGUUUUCACAACUGCACAGGUGAGCAGGUGUGUGUGAACACUUUUGGAGGUCACCGCUGUGUGGAGGUUGAGUGUCCUCGCUUCCGCAAUGCCUCCUAUGUCAAAACAUCUCCCCAGCGCUGUGAGCGUAAUCCAUGCCUCGAGGGGGACAAAGCCUGCCUCCAGGCUCCAGUCUCUGUGAACUUCCACUUCAUGUCAGUGGUGUCAAACAUGACUGCCCCCCGAGUUCUGUUCCGAGUGUCUGCGGCUCGUGUGCUGGGGGACACACUGCGCUUCGGCCUGCUGGGAAACCGGGGAACAGCGCACUUUGCUGUUCAGCGCUCAGGCAAGCAGACCGGCCAGCUACUGCUGGUGGACCCUGUUCAAGGCCCUGCCACGCUGGAAGCUGAGGUAGAGAUGAGUGAACUGCAGAAGAGGACACUGCUCGGACGAUACGUCACCAAGGUCACACUGUUCGUCUCACCGUAUACCUUCUGAACGGAAAGUGAGGAGGAGCUGGACUGGACAAUUAAAGUGCUCAGUGCAAAAGUAAUUACACCCUGAGACUUACACAAGGAAGUGGUGUUUAAUACCUGUUUUUUUUACCCGCCUGACAGGUAACAGUCAGACAAGAGCUUCACCUGAGAAAAAUCUAAUUCAUUCGUUUUAGAAGACCAUCAAAGCAUUUUAUUUCCAAAUAUUUCAUAUUUCUUUAAUUGCAAUAUUUCAUGUAUUUUUCAGUAUCUUUGUAUCUAUCACAAUAUCUUUGUGUAUUUCCACGUUUACUUUAGCCAUAAUUUCACGGUCUUAUGCAAUGGUUUAUGCUCCUCUGAUGAAUUCACAAGAUCCUUAUUUUUCUUUCAAAUGAUCUACAUUUUAGGUCAGUUUAUAUUUAUCUUUUUUAAUGUUUCAAAUAAACAGUAAUUGUUUAUUCAAA